AUGGCGUCGAAGCAGGAUCCGAUCCAUCUGGCAAAUGUCUAUGUCCCCAAAGUGGCGGCUUUUCUGUCGCUGGUGAGCUCCCACGUGAUCAUUCGAGAAGUCUUGUUGGACGCCAAACAAAGCAGUCGCUCUACUCCUCCCAUUGCCAAAGCUCUCUUGGCGAUCAGCUUGAGUGAUGUCGUUUUCUCAAUUGGCUGGUUUUUGACGACCUGGCCAUCGCCCAGGGACUUGGACUACCUGCAAGGCACCAACGUCGGCACUAUUGGAACUUGCACAGCGCAGGGGUUCUUUUUGCAACUGGGAUUGGUGGCGUCAUUGUCCUUCAAUCUGACGUUGGCUACUUUCUAUUUGCUCAUUGUCAAGUACAGUUACCGGAAUUGUCAUUUGCAGAAACUGGAACGAUGGAUCUACCCAGGCUGUGGCAUCCUGGCCCUUGUCACUGCCGUUGUACCCCUGCCACUUCAAGGAUACAACAAUGCUCUCGAAGCUUGCUGGAUUGCCCCUCAUCCGUUCAAUUGUGAAUUUGGUCCUGAAGAUCCUCCAUGCACACGAGGACAUCAUGCAGCUCUACUGGUAGUUGCCUUGAUGAUUCUACCGGUUUUUCUAGUGAUUGUCACAACCGCAUCCAUUAUGAUUUCCAUAUACUGUGCUGAUAGAAAACUGGAACAACGCAAUUCACGGUACCUGUUUACAUCUUCCACAACAGCAACAAUAACAGCAUCAAACACACCUUCGACGAUGCCACGAAGACUCAGUUCCGGCGUAUCGACGACCUCACAAGCAAACCUCGAUAGAAGACGGUCUCAGCUGUUGGCACAGCAAGGGAUAUACUAUGUUGCUGCCUUUCUCUGCGCAUAUAUUCCAGCGUUGUUGACCGGAAUCAUACCUUCCAUAUUGGUGAGCCUGAUUGGUUCUAGUCUUUUGGCACUUCAAGGCUUCUUCAAUCUGUUGGUGUUUAUGCGCAAAAAUCGUGUUAUGCAGACGCCGGAGGGAAAACUGGCCAAUCGAGUUCUAUAUUGCUGCCUGUGUUGGGGCAAUCAAGGUGGCAGCAGCAACGCUCGAUGGACCUUUAGUGGAAGUCGGGGUUCCACUUCCAGAGCUCGACGUGAGAAUGCUGCGUCUCGAGAAAAUAUUGAACAAGGCGGGGUACAACAACAACCUACUACGGAACUCGCGGGAGCCAAAGAAGAGGCAACGGGAAAUGAAGCCGCGACAGCUUUGCACGAACAGCCACAGUUGCUAUCCUCAGAAGUAGAUGUCUUUGAUGAUGCCAUGAUUGAGAAAGGACUGGAACCAGAAUUCUACAGUGAAAGCAACGACCCAAGCUACUAG